UACAGCCAGUCUUUACGCGCGUACAAACUCUCCAAGAGAAUCCCCUACGGUCGGCCCCUCCCCUCUCCGUUCUUGCCGCCCUCACUCAUUCAUGACCCGGGAUUGGUGACGUAGGAGAUUCCACGGUGCCCACUGCCGUAGGCAAUAACGGGAUGCUCGAGUAUAUAUGGGACACUGGUAGCCAUCAACCGGCACACUCUCAGUCGCUCCGACUCGGGAACCAGGGCAUCAGCGGAGAUAGCAGGCUUUACUUCGCCCUCUUAGGCUAACUCGCUUUGGGCUUUGGUUCAGGAUGGAAACCUCUACGAUUUCUCGGAGCCGACGAUGCUCCAUCAUGCGCAACUGCAAAAGCGGUCUCUCUCUCUGGCUGGUGGUGUGGCUGGUUCUCGGCAAGCCAAGCCCGGCAUCGGCAUGCCCGCAUCUGUGCGUGUGCUACCCGACUCCAAUGACUGUGAGCUGCCAGGCGCAGAACUUCACCGCCGUCCCGGUCGGAGUGCCCUAUGAGUCGCAGCGCGUGUUCCUUCAGAACAACCGGAUCACGGAGCUUAGAGUUGGCUCUUUUGGCUUCGGAACUCAGGUUCUGUGGCUGUUCUCCAACAACAUUACGUGGAUUGAGGCAGGAGCCUUCAGUGAGCUGAGGGACUUGGAGGAGUUGGACCUGGGAGACAACCCCAACCUCCACAGGCUGGAGGGGGGAGCCUUCCGUGGCUUAGAGAAGCUCCAGAGCCUCCACAUGCACCGCUGCCGGCUCACUGCCCUGCCCCAUGACAUCUUCCACAAGCUUUACAGCCUGCAGUUCCUCUAUUUGCAGGAGAAUAAUCUUCACUUCCUGCAGGAUGACAUCUUUUCUGACCUCAUCAACCUGAGCCAGCUUUUCCUGCAUGGCAACCGUAUCCGCACCCUCUCAGAGAACGUGUUCCGUGGCCUGGUCAACCUUGACCGCCUUCUCCUCCACGACAAUCGCAUCAGGCAGGUGAACCGCCGCGCCUUCCGUGACCUCGGCCGCCUCACCAUGCUCUUCCUCUUCAAUAACUCCCUGGCUGAGCUGCCCAGCCAGACCCUGAGGGACACACAGGGCAUUGAGUUCCUUCGCCUCAAUGCCAACCCAUGGUCCUGCGGCUGCGAGGCCCGUGCCCUGUGGGAGUGGUUCCGUGAGGCCCGUGUCUCUUCAUCUGAGGUCAUCUGUGCCUCCCCUUCCACUCGCCGCGGCCAGGACCUCCGCUUCCUUCGUGAGAUGGACUUCGCCCUCUGCCCCCUGCCCGAUCCAGGCUCCAUCGCCGGCUCCACCACCACCACCUUCAGCACCAAAACCCGCUGGUGGUUCCACAAGAACAAGCCCCAGUCGUCCACCAAAGGUAUCUUCGAAAAAGCCUCAGAGACUGUGAAGGCUGGCUUGUAUGGGAAAGGCCCAUCCACAACCACCUCAGUAGUCAAGUAUGAGUUGGGGGAGGAAGAGCUUGCACUGCCCAAACUCGACCCAGAAGAGUAUUGGGCAAACUACGGCAACGAGGACUCAGGUGUCACCCUGCGAUGCUUCGAGCUUGAAUGUCCACCUGAGUUUGACCUGCCUCCAUCCUCCUCCUCUCCUUCUUCAUCCUCACCCUCCCUCCUGUCACUACUAGCCCUUUCUGUUUUCAGCCUCUGCCUCCAUCUGCUAUUCGGCUGAAUAUGACUCUUAGUGCCACACCCCUUUCCCUUUCAGCCUGUUUUAAAGGCUGUGAGGAUCCCUGUUAGACUUUCUAUACCCCCUUUGCCCGCUUUGCUGUCAAGGCACAGCGAGGGAGAUAGGGGGACGGUUAGAUUCUGAAUCUACCACCUACAGGGCUUAACACUUUUCAGGGCUGCUAAGAGUUCUUCAGCUAAGAUCAUAUCUAUAAUACUCUACAGGUGUGGCUUUCUGUGUCUCACCUGUAUGAUGUCAUGAUUCCCUGCAAUCAGGGCUACGAGGGCUGAGUCCAUCACUAAUAUCCGAGCAAUUUGAUAGCAGUUGUGAAUGAUGUUGUCAAUUUUGUCACCUCAACUUAGUUAAAACUACUAGUGCUAUUAGUGCAUCCAAUUAACUGGCUGCUACAAAUACUACUACUACUGUUAGAAUCAGUACACAGUAAUGACAAUACUGUAACCACUUAAAGUGUCAUGUAAAUAGAAAUGUAUUUUUGUGAGUGUUUAAACUGAUAUCUGUGGUCCAGCACAAUCAACUUCAUCUCAAUCCAGGAAAUACUUUGAAGACGAGUGCUUCUACAGGACAGAGCACAAUGCACAGCGAGGCAGAGAGAAGCUGGGUGGGAGGGAAAAGAAAGAGGGGGACACAGGGACGUCAACCAAGAAGGAAGGGUGACAAGAAAAAUCACAGAGAGAGGAGGGGAGAGGAUUUUUAAAGACAGAAUUAGAAAGAAGAAGAGGAAAAAGGAGGGAGGAGGGCAGCGGUGUUAAUGCAGCAAUAAGAAAAGAUGCAGGGAGAAGACAGCGAGACCCUGUGCGAGACAGUGCUGGCAGUAGAAGCAGCAACAUGCAGGAGAACAGUAAUAAUCAUACUCAUCAUUAGUUCUAUCCAUCCAGCUUGUCCAUCACUCUCUGUAUAUAUGGUGUUGUUUGAAACAACCACAGGGACAGAAUGCUUCUUGUCAGGGAGCCAGAGAUUUUGGUUUUUGGAUGUCUUUCUGUGACAUAUUGAUAUAUUGUGUAAAGAUUGUUGACUUGGAUGCAGAUGAAGAUCUUGAUAAAAAGACAAACUGAAUAUUUCCUGAUUCAUUCUUUUCUUUGGUGCAAUAUUUGCUGAAUUUAUUUGAAAGAAAGGGAUUAGAGAUGCACUACAAGGUUGUUUUGUGCUGAAGGAAAAUGCAAAUAACAAAUGCCAACAAGCACCAGGGUGCCACUUACUAAACUGUGACAAAAAUCUGACUACAGUGGACUAAAAAGACUGACCACAUGGACCUGAUGUCAUAGAUAGAGGCUGAUCAGAAUAUCUCUCAUUGUGAUGGGCACUUGAGUGUGUGUGUGUGUGUGUGUGUGUGUAAAAAUGAGGAUGAAUGGAUUCACAUGCUGGCACUGCUGCAAAAGGCAGAUACGUCAGUAGGUUUGUCACUUCAUUGACUCACUGGUGGGAGAUGCCAGAUGGAUGGACGAAGUGUGAAUUUGCCAACUGGCCAAUUUGCAAAUACACCAAGAGAGCAGUAAUAGAAUCUGAUGACUGUCAGAGGUGGAGAUAAAUUAAGACUGACACAUAGACGUGCCGACAGACUGAUGGAAACGUUGUGGUGUGAUAGCGUUAAAGUCCAACCUACAACACAGGGCUUUGGGGAUUUGUUAAUGAUGAGACUGCAAAAAGAUGAAAAAGAAAUGUUCUGAGCGAGCAGCGGAAGUACGUGCGAAAAAAGGGAGAAGGAGGAAGUUACCAAAUAUAGGCAUCCACUCGUUCUCCUUCAGCCAUGUUUAUCCAUCCCUCCCAUUACAAAGCAAGCGAGAAGCUGUAGGUGUGCUGAUGUAUAGCAAGUCGCUUUCUUCCUUCUUUUAAUUUGCCCAUCGUUUUCCCAAAGCGCUCUCCAUCUCUCAAGGGCAGAGGAAAGAAGGAAGGAGAGGUUCCCUAGCUCCAGUAGAGGGGAUGAGGGCAAGGCCGAGAUGUAGUAGGAGUGAAAGAGUAGGAGGUAAUGUUGGCGAGGUAUACACACACAUGCACACACACACACACGCACACGCACACACAGAUCCACUCACAAAGCCAGUUAGCCUUGCUUCAACAGUAACAACCUCAUGCAAUCUUUUUUUCUCUAUCUGGUUUUGACAGUCACAGAAAAUAGACUGCUUCUUUGAGCUUUUUUGUUAGCGAUGCUCUUGAUUAAGAAUGUUUUGUGGAAAUAUUCCAGUGUUUUCAUGCUGUAGUCUCUUGCUGAGUCUGGUGGAGGAGGUCAAACUGAGCCCGGGUGCUCUUCAGUGACCAUGACUGUGAGGUCACUGUCAGAUGACCAAAGUGCCAGUUAUACCAUUUUCCUUGUUCAGUUUGUCUGUGUGCAUGUUCUAUGUUUUGUAUCUGAGAAAGAAACAACAAUUCUAUAUGACAGAUUGGCUUAUUUGUUAUUUAUUUUUACUGUAAAAGAUGUUGAAAGAUGCAGCAUAAAGAGAGAAUA